AAUUCUGACCAAUAGAAAUCGAGGUUUUAUAAAAUAUUGCACUUUGACCUCCGCAUGCGUGUAAGCGUAUCGAGAACAGAUCCUGCCAAAAUGUUGGUUCUUGUACUAGGAGACUUACACAUUCCUUACCGGUCCAAUGGAAUGCCGGCCAAGUUUAAGAAACUGCUGGUCCCAGGAAAGAUCCAACACAUCCUCUGUACGGGCAACCUCUGCACAAAGGAGUCCUUCGACUACCUGAAAACAUUGGCCAGUGAUGUCCAUGUUGUUAAAGGGGACUUUGAUGAGAACCUAAGUUAUCCGGAACAGAAGGUCGUCACAGUUGGACAGUUCAAGAUAGGACUUUGCCAUGGGCAUCAGGUUGUUCCGUGGGGUGACAUUGAGAGUUUAGCCAUGGUACAGAGACAGCUGGAUGUGGACAUCUUGAUAUCUGGACACACCCACAAGUUUGAGGCUUUUGAACAUGAAAACAAGUUUUACAUCAACCCAGGAACAGCAACAGGAGCAUACAAUGCACUAGACAGUGGUGUAACACCAUCGUUUGUACUGAUGGACAUCCAGGCCACCACAGUGGUGACGUACGUGUACCAGCUGAUUGGGGACGAUGUAAAGGUGGAGCGUAUCGAGUACAAGAAGUAGCACCUCUCCUAGCACACUUUUCCUGUCUUUCUCACCCUCUUCGUAUUUGUAUAAUUGUAAAGAAUGUAUCCUCAGUAAGUACCUGUGUUGUCAAUCAUUUAAUGGAUUGUCCAAUCAAUUGAUGAUUACAGGGAUGUGAUUGAACACACAGUUUUAUUGGCUAGAUUAAUCUUGACCCAUCUAAAGUUAUGAUGGACAGGGCAUGACAAGCCUGGCAUCAAUGUAUUAUUGAAUUCAUAUGUUAUAUAUUGUCUGUGAUCCUGACUGUGAAGGAAAUAACUGAUAUGGUUAGUUCAAGUUUAGCACACUGAGACAUAUUCCAUUUUUGGCGACGCCUCAGGGGUGGAUGUCAUAUUAGCAGCUCAUAGGAUUUUUUUCAGGGCUAAGUGGCAAACAAAGCAUUUUGUUAAAGUUACCACAGUGACUGUACUUUUUCGAGGUACUAUAGAAAGCUAAAACGUUCUGUACUUUGAAUAGGUAAUCAGUUUUUCAUUGUAAUCUCCUUAAGUGAUAUUGUGUGUAGUCUGCACAGUAUUCAUAUA